UACAUUUGGGAACUUAGAGAGUGACAUCAGGGUUUGCUUUAGGGGGUGGGUAGGAGAUAGGAGAGGCUGGGACAGCGAGAAUCAGCAAGGGAAUUAGAGAGAAAGACAAACAGAAGAAAAUAGGGACAAACUUGUAUGAAAGUGGUGGAAAGGCCAACAGGACAGAGGCAGAAAGAAAAUAUGUAGAUGAAAUAAUGUCUAUUUAAAAUUGCAGAGUGAGCAGAGAUAUUUAAAAAAAAAGAGGAAAGCAGAAAUGAGUGUUCUGCUGAGUGUUAGUGAAAUUAACAAACAAACGUGUACAUCCAUAGGCGAGAACAUCUACACUUAUAAUUUGUACCAUUUAUAUCAACUUGGAAUCACGCUGUUUAGGGAAACGUUUUAUGUUCUACUCUCUGUCGCAUCCCCAAUAUACAGCAUGGAGUAAAGGAAAAAACGACAAGCAUGAGGAUUUUCUGGCUGUAAUGUAUCCUGGACCUUUCUAACACCAUUGAUCUAUGAAACAGUUUUUCACUGGAUGUCAUUAAUGGGAGAAUUAAAGAUGGCUUCUCUUCUAGUCUGGUUCAAUCUGUUACUUGCUCUCUGCAUAGCUGAACCUGAUGCUCACUUUGACCCCUCUUCUUGUCGCUAUGCAUUGGGCAUGCAGGACAGGACCAUCCCAGAUGAGGAUAUCACAGCAUCCAGUGCCUGGUCUGACUCUACUGAAGCUAAACACAGCAGGUUGGAAAGUAAUGAUGGUGAUGGAGCUUGGUGUCCACUAGGCCCUGUAUACCCAAAUUAUGAGGAAUUCCUGCAGGUGGAUCUACAGAAACUUCAUUUUUUAACCCUAGUGGGCACUCAAGGCCGAGAUGGAGGAGGGCUGGGCAAGGAGUUUGCCCGACAUUAUCAACUGCGCUACAGCCGUGAUGGGUUUAAAUGGUCACAAUGGAGGGAUCGCUGGGGGAAUGAGGUAAUAGAGGGAAAUGGAAACACACAUGACUCUGUGUUGAAGGACCUGGGGCCUCCAAUCAUUGCUCGCUAUGUGCGCUUUUAUCCCAUGGCUGACCGAGUAAUGAGUGUUUGUCUACGUGUUGAGCUUUAUGGUUGUGUUUGGCAAGAUGGACUUCGUUCUUAUACAUCUCCUCCUGGAAAUGUGAUGAGUCUCCCUUCAAUGAUCGUUAACCUCAACGAUUCUACUUAUGAUGGACUUACAGUAGGCGGGCUGCAAUAUGGAGGUCUGGGACAGUUGACAGAUGGUGUCAUUGGAGCAGACGAUUUCCUUCAGCACAAAGAACAGGGAGUCUGGCCUGGUUAUGAUUAUAUAGGGUGGAUGAGCAGCAGCUUCCCAAAAGGAUAUCUGGAAAUGGAGUUUGAGUUUGAUGCACUUCGAUCAUUUACAUAUAUGAGGGUCCACUGUAAUAAUAUGGGAUCCAGUGGCAUUCAGAUAUUCCGUAGGGUUGACUGUUACUUCAAACGCUCUUUGCAUACCCCGUGGGAUUCUCAGCCUGUUACCUUGUCUCUAGCUCUCGAUGUACGAGACCCAAGUGCACGCUCUGUAACAAUAUCCCUGCAAGGAAGAGCAGCCCGCAUCUUGCGCUGUCACUACUUUUUCUCCAGCCAGUGGCUGCUUAUCAGUGAGAUCUCAUUCCUCUCUGAUAUCUUGGAUGCUACAAAUCCAGAAGAACCAAGCCCACUGCCCCCUCCUAAAGAGACACCUCCUCCACCAGUAGUAACAAACGUGCCCCAGGACACCAGUAAAACAACAACCACUUCCACUGGCACUAAUGCCAGUCUGAAUGGGCAUGUCCUUGAGGAAGGCAUUGACAUCAGAAUGAACCAACCAAUUGCCAAGGAUGAUAGCGGUGACACCUCUAUUCUCAUUGGAUGCCUAGUGGUCAUUAUCCUGCUUCUGUUGGUGGUUAUCAUUCUCAUUCUGAGGAGACAAAGAUGGAAGAGAUUAUUGAGGAAGGCUCAGCGACGCCCCUCUGACAGCGAUCUUACUGCCCACUUGUCCCUACCGGAUACAGUGGUUAUAAACAACACCCACAAUGCACCAGGGCCACCACGGCAUGCCAACCGAUAUGAGCGUAUUUUAACCUCAGAUGGGGAAUAUCAGGAACCAAGCCACAAUCCUCGCACAAAGAUAACCACACUUACCCUCCCCUCUGAUGGAGCAGCUCUGCUGUUAAACAACCCAGCCUAUGAGCUCCUACUCACCACCUACAGCAGGCCAAUCACAGAGCACGGUGGCCUCCAGGCUAAGCCACUCAACAACCAGGAAGGUGGAUAUAGGGAACUGGAGACUCCAAAAUUACCAGUUUUCCCCCCAAGUGUCCCACACUAUGCUGAAGCUGAUAUCGUUACCCUGCAAGGAGUAACAGGGGGUAAUACCUAUGCAGUGCCAGCACUAACUGCUGACUCCCUCGCUUCCAAAGACCUGCCUCUUUGCAAAUUCCCCCGGGGACACCUCCUUUUUAGGGAGAAGCUGGGUGAAGGGCAGUUUGGAGAGGUACACCUGUGUGAAGUAGUGAAUCCUCAUGAGCUCCCCACUUUACAGUUCCCUUUCAACAUGCGCAAGGGGAGGAGCCUGCUUGUGGCUGUUAAAUUGCUGAGAGCUGAUGCCAAUAAGAAUGCCAGAAGCGACUUUCUGAAGGAGCUUAAGAUCUUGUCCCGUCUAAGUGACCCUCACAUUAUCCGUCUGCUGGGUGCUUGCCUGGAUGAAGAUCCACUCUGCAUGAUCACAGAGUAUAUGGAAAAUGGAGAUCUUAAUCAGUUUUUGAGCUCCCAUCACCUGGACGAAGGAGAGGAAAAUGAAGCACAUUGUCUGCCUGCUAUCAGUUACCCCAGCCUAUUGCACGUGGCCCUGCAGAUAUGUUCUGGAAUGAAAUACCUCUCUUCCCUUAACUUUGUACACCGGGACCUGGCCUCAAGAAAUUGCUUGGUGGGGGAGAACCUCACCAUAAAGAUUGCAGAUUUUGGGAUGAGCCGCAACUUGUAUGCCGGAGACUAUUACCGAAUACAGGGCAGAGCAGUACUACCAAUAAGAUGGAUGGCCUGGGAGUGUAUACUUAUGGGAAAAUUCACCACAGCCAGCGAUGUGUGGGCCUAUGCUGUGACGCUAUGGGAAGUUUUAAUGCUGUGCAAGGAGCAACCAUAUGGUGAACUAAGUGAUGAGGAUGUGAUUGAGAAUGCUGGGGAAAUCUUCCGUGACAGCAAGAAGCAGAUAUUCCUCUUCCGACCGCCGCCUUGUCCUCAGCCUCUGUAUGAACUAAUGCUUCAGUGUUGGUCCAGGGACUGCAGAGAGAGGCCCUCCUUCCAGGACAUCCAUGCCUUACUCACUUCCCAUCUCCUCUGCUGUUCCAGUGAUGAGCUAAAGGAGUAAUGUCAGCAGAGCAAGGAAGAAAGCAAGAACUCACCAUAACAAUAGUCCUGUAUUUCUCUGCUGUUAGACAGCCAAAUCAUCACCAGUAGUUGUAGGUCACAAUAAGGGAUAAAAUACAGUUUAGUCAUCACAAUAAUAAUAUUAUAAUACAUCUCAUUACUUUCCAAACACAGGACUGCUUUCAACUCCUAGCACCUCUCCUACAGUCUUAUGCACUGUAUAUGCUGCCCACACUUACCUCCAGCUAGAGUCCCGCACGGAAUCAAUUUCUAAGUCCCGGACCCGCAACCCGAACCGCAACCCCCAUAUUUACCCACUUUGAUCCGCUACCUGACCCGGACCCGCAACUGCCUUAUCCCUGGCCCGCAACCCGCCGAUCACCAUCAAACAGGAAGUGAUGGUGCUGCAAACAGGAAGUGAUGUCAGUGAUGGGACAGAAAUACGUCUUGUAAAACUUUAAAAGGAGUAAAAUAUAGACAAUAUUACAUAAAAUAAGAAAUUUAGAUGAGACCUGCAACCCGACCCGCCACUCCACAGACCCGCACCUGAAAAUCCUCCCCUCAUUCAUGGUGCCCGCCUUUUUUGCGGGUAACCUACGGGUACCCGACCUCCAUUAGUGCACACAAGAGAAAACGUAGUCUUUCUGUGAAGUUCUUAACACUGGAUGUGUAGUAACCACCCCACUGCUACAGGUUUAGAACAGACAUGCACCUUAUAAUUGUACCACUGUAAACAUUUCUUUUCCCUUUGUCCAACUACCUACUGUGUAUGAAAAACAUCUGCUGUCAUGGGCCAAAUUGCCACAGAAAACAUUUCUUCCUAAUAGCACAACACACUGUAAGCUUCA